UCUACCCUCGAAACCUUCAAAUAUCCACCCUCUGAACACAACACACGAACCGCUGCAAAGGUCGCGCUUCCAUUAGGGACGCCCUCUUCUUCCUUCCGAGUCGUGUGAACAGCUCUUCAUCGAAAGGAACAACGCUUUUUGGCUCGAGCUAUCAGGCCAAGACCGACCGCAAACACCUGGUACUGCACAUACUUCUGAGCAACGGCUCCGCACAAAAACAAUGAAGGCGACCAAGACACCAGCAGUAGCCGCAACAGCAGUACUCGCCGCAGUACUCGGAAGCACACACCACUGCGCACAAGCUUUUCUGGUGAGCGCUCCCGUAAGGAGCGGCGGCAGCAGCAGCAGCAGCAGCACCUCCUUGCCGACUCGAUCAUCAUGGACAUCACAAGCGGCACUGGAGCAGCAGCAGCGGCGGCGCGAGGGCUUGACCGGGUUGUCGAUGGUGUCGGCCACGUUCGGGGAGAAGAUAAACACCGACCGCAUCGUGAUAGACAAGACGGCGAGGGAGGCGGUGCAGGAGCUGUACCCAGAGGCUUGCGCGAAGCACCCCAGGUUCCUUGAUGAGAUUGGACACGGCGAGACGAGGACAUUCACCGAGGAGGAGCUUAGGAAGCGACUCGAGGUGGCCCACGUGUUCGUAAGCCUUGCCAACCUGGUGCUGCUGUCCCGCGGCAAGAACGUCCUCGCAGAGGACUUCAAAUACUACUCCCCCGGCACGGGCCGCCUUGACCGCGACAGCUUUCUCCGGCUGACCAAGACUCUGGACGUGGCCUUCUCAACCUUCCGGGUCGUGCCUACCGAACUUGUUGUCUACAAGGACGGGACGGUAACCUACCGGCGCACGUUCAGGGCUGUGCACGACGGCUACCUCACCGUUGGCGACAAGACUUACCCCCCGAGCCAGACGAAGGUGAUCUCGGACGUGGAUCUGUGUGCAGUGUCCUUCGACGACAUGGGGGUCGUCCGUUCCUACGCGGACGGCCUCAUGGUGGAGGUCGUCCACGCCAUCGAGGACCCGGAUGCGGUGGCGGAGAUCGAGGAGAUCAAGAAGAGAGUGGUCAACCAACAGGCCAAGAUGAAAUCGCUUGAGGGGCAAGAGUCUUCGAUCGCGUACUCCAAGUGCAAGGCCGACAUCGACGUGAUGAAGUUGGACAUGGAAGCUCUCCUGGAGAGGGUCAACUCUGCACCCAACACCGAGGGGCUCGGCGGCAUCCCUGGGCUGUUCGCUGCGGUAGGGGCAGAGUUCCCCGAGGACCUGAAGAACUUGGAAGGCACGGACGCCGAGGGGGACAUCGAGGGCAUGCGUCUGGCGAGCUUCAGCUACCCCGUGGAGGUGAAGGACUACGAGGCCUUCGACACGGACGCUUUCACCGAAAUGAAGUAAAGAUGUGAUUUUGUUGAUAACACGCGUCUUUUUCGUCCUUUUGUUGUUGAUAAGGCCUUCGACAAGGACUGUUUCACCGAAAUGGAGUAGAGACACUCAAGUGUGGGUUGGUUGAGAACACGCGUCUUCCUAUUCUUUUCGAGUGUUGUUGACGCGAUUUGUUUUUCGAGAGGGGUGAGAAAAGCUUAAUCAUGGAGGCACGAGAGAGAGGAACAUCUGUCUAGUAGCUUAUUUCUUCGCCUUUGAUUGUUGACGAGGUCCUCUUUGAGGGGAAGCGGAAGAGUGUUCGCGGCGACACAAGGCAUCGAGAACAAUUCAAGUAGAGACGGGAUUGUUGGAAACGGGAAUGGUCAGAACACGAGCUCAACGCCCAAGUGUGGUCAGAGAAGCCGCAUCGACGCCCUGUUAUAAUAUACUGAAGGUGAACUGGUUUGUUGGUUAUGUUUAGUCGUUCGUGCAUGCGCGGGUCUUGAUGGGGCCAUCACUGGUUAGUGAGCUUAUCUUGUGUUGUAAUAGUGUUUUUUUUUGUCACCAUCGAGUUGUUCACCAAACGCAGCGCGCCGUUCAAAUAGCAGUGGAUGGGGGCUCUCGGAGUGGUCGGGAAGGAUAGGAGCUGAGUGCGCGCGGCGUUGAGUAUCUCCCCUUUUGAUCGAGUCUUUCUCGCCCGGACCUCGGAAUUUUCAACCACGAAUUUGAAGCGAACUAGAAACGUUUCCGUGUUGAGUUGGAAGUCUCGAGUUUUGUUCGAUAGUCAUGCGUGUAUGUAGGGCAAAAGACAGGUUUCUGGUUUUUUUUGCUCCUUUUCUUUUCGGCGGAAGCUCAAUCCGUCGCACCGCAGUUUGGCUACUGUAGAUGAAACCCUGGGUAAUUUUCUUGUUUCGACCCGUUAACAGUUUUGUAUUUCUCUCUCGCCCUACAGCAGUAGUCACAUCAACCACAGGCGCGCGGAGUUUGUACACGAAACCCCAUGAGCCAGUUAUCGAUGGGCGAGACUACUGUGUUGUCCUUGGGGAACUC